AGCACGCCCAAGGCGGAUGGCGGUCGCGGCUUUUGCUGUGUUAUCCAGCCGUGUCUGCCGUGCCUGCGGGCGCGGACAGACUUUUGUCAUGGUGAGCGGAACUUUGUCAUGGUGAAGGGAAACGAAGGUACCUGAGCUUGCCCUUCGCGCUCCAGCCCGCCAUCUCCGCUGCGCUUGCCACCACAAUGCCCGACUACGACCACGACUCCCCCCAGGACGACUCCCCCUCCCGCCUCGACUUUGGCCAUCUGUUCGGCGACUACAGCGCAUUCAUCGACCAUCACGAGGAACCACUUAAUGAGGCCGUGUACCGCGCCCCACCCGUCCCUUACUCCACCGGCUUCUUCGACCACAUCCUCAACCCAGCUGGCCUCGAUCACGGCCGCUACUCACCCUUCGCUUGGCGCCCAUACAGUCCCUUCACCGCAGAAAGCAUCAUGCCGCCCACCACGCGCGCACGUCCACAAGCCUCGCGACCCGACCGUCUAGCGAAUGGCUACGUCGACCUGACCAGCGCUCCCGAUUCAUCGCCGACAGGGACCGCGAGGAAGAGAGAAUCACCCACUCCAGGCCCGUCGGCAAAGCGGCAGAAGCGGGGCGACGGGUCAGCGGCUGGAGUUGACGACAAGGUUGAGGAGGAUGACAAGGUUGAGAAGGUGGAUGAGGUGGAUCUGACGGAGCCGAGGAGCCCGCUACAAGAGGCAUUGCAGAAACAACAGGCCGAUGCUGUCAAGGCGCAGGCCAAGCCAGAAGAAACAGUUACCACGUUCAACUCGUUUAAUUGUGUCAUCUGCAUGGAUAAUCCUACCGAUCUCACUGCUACUGCUUGUGGCCACCUCUUCUGCCACACCUGCCUCAUGGAAGCCCUCAUCGCCGGCGAGAACCGUACCGGACCCCACGAAACGAAGCGCUCGCAAUGUCCCGUCUGCCGAAAGAACAUCAGCCGCAACAAAGCAACAGACGUCAUACCUCUGCUGCUGAAGAAGGGCCUAGCGACACAGCCAAGGAAGAAGGUCGUUGCAUCAGCUGUUGCGCCUGCGCCUAAAGUAGCCUGAUUGCAGAUGGAAUUUGCCAUUCCUAUCUUCUGCAAAUAUUUCAUGCGGGGACGACUAUAUACCAAGCCAUCUCUUGGUCGGCUAAAACACUGACUGAAGAUAUGCCAAAGGCGAGAUCGGAGACACGAUGUGCGGAACGGGAGGACAACGAUGGGGUGGAUGUGAGGGACGGUAGGAGAAUGGUUAUGGAACAUGGCAGACGAGCAUCAUGGCAUCAUGGACAUGACAUGCUAGCAUGACGCAUGGAUAGUACUGGAG